GAAAGUUAAGUUUAAUUCUGAAAUAGUUCCUCAUUUGAUAUGCAAUGGCACCCGAGAAGUGUGUCGGUAUGGGUGGAAUGUUCAGAUGACGUAUAUCGUACCGUAUCCAAAGUGUUCCGGAGACAGGAGAGAGAAGGGAGCUGGGACGUAUUUUUGAAGACUGUGGUGACAUGUAAGGCUCACUAUAUGCUUAUAUUCAGAUAGUUUUCAAGGUCGGAUAUUUACGGAUUACGUUUGAAGAAGACACGUGCCAUUAUACAACCGUACAUUUGUCCUGAGUAUAACUGAAAAGUCUUGAAUUACGCCGUAGGGCAAGAUAUCCAAGUGCCUCAUACUGUCGCUAUGACUGUAUCUGCUUUUAUUCUGAUGAUGCUCCUGGUCACUACCAGCAUUGCUGGCUACACCGUGCCAGAGGCUGAUUUCCUUGUUCAGUCUGACACCGACUCUGGCGGAGACGCUGCCACCAUCAUUACUGUCCCGUCACCCUUUUCUGGCACAACCACCGUCAAGGUAUCGGCUGUCAUGGAGAGUGGUAGCAGAAGACUGAAGCUCAGUUUCCCUACCACACCUAACCGAUUGUGUCCAGGGGUACCAUUGACUCACUUUAUCAGUGAGUUAAGGAAUGUCACAAUGGAAAACACGACCAUCACCAUGGAACCUGCUUUAAUUAAUGGAGAAAUGACGUCUUUCCCUAGUGAAAUAUGUGCAUGGCGGAUUCAGAAAGGUUAUAGGGAUAGUGCCAACAUAAAAGGAAUGGGUGUCUAUGACAAUUGGCAGGACUCCCAGAAGUGUAUCAACAAGGCUAACGAGGACAUGACCUGCGUGGAACAACUGCGAGAGGUACCUUGGCUCUUUCAGUGCCUGGGCGGCAAGUGCCCGGAAGGUUACACCGGACCGGCCCUGAUGAUGCUGAAAGUGCCCAUCCCCAUUGCCUGCUUCUGUCAGCUGAUACCAGAAUAAAAAAGGGAGGAAAUUACGUCCAUUUAUUUGGUUACUUAAAAAUAUAGGAAUAAACGUACUCUGCACAGGACUGAGGUGAUCUCGACUUGCGUGAAGUUAUUUCAACGUCUUCAUUUUGACAGUGAAAUAUUUCACCAGACAAAUUCGAUAUGUCCGCUUCUUUGCAAUACAGAAAGUCGCCGAAGAUAUUAAUGCACCAUCAUAUUCAGAAGUCAAAAUGAGACAAACGAUGUUUGGAUUUUGAAUAUCAUUAUUAUGUAUUACCAUAGCAACACACGAUAUGUAAAAAAAAA